UGCCUUUCAUUGCUGUGUCUCAAUCCUUACCUCUACAGUGGUCGGGGGGAGCUGCAGAAAGAGGCGGACAUUUGUGGCACCCCACUGAACAUUAACAACAGUCUGCUGCAAGUGUGGGCCGGACGAUCAACCAGAACGUCUACAAAGAGAUCCUGCGCCAUUUGCUUCGUUCAGUGCGUGAGAAGAGGCAAGAGCUGAGGCUUCUUCACCAUGACAACGCGCUUGCUCAAAAAUGCCCUGAGCAUCUGACAGUUCCUGUCCGAGAAGAACAUUGCUCUUCUGGAGCAACCUCACUCCUAACUUGACUUGGCUCUUUGUGAUCCCCCCCCCGCCCCCCUCCCCUGCCCUCCCCUCUUUCCAACACUCAAAGGGGCCAUUAAUGGGACCUGUUUUGAAAACGUGGGGACCACAUGGAGAUGGUUGUGAUGACAGCGAUUCAGAAGAUCCUGGAAAAAAACAUCCAGGACUGCAUGAAGGUGUGGCAGAGAAGGCUGGGAAAGUGCAUUACUUCGAUGGGGAACACUUGUGCAUUGUAGUUUGGAUUUGAACUAUAUCUUUUGUGACACCAGUCCUGGAACCUUUCUGACACACCUCCAAAGGGACUGUGAGCGCAAAUUAUAAAGCUGGCUGUUUCUUCCCCCCAAAACAUGGAGCACCGUUUCCCGAUGAGAUUGUGGUGAGACUUGUGCAGCCCUGUCACGCCCACAGCGCCCCCUUUCUGCCCGGACGGCCCACCACGCCCCGGUGCAUAUGAAAGGAUACCAUGUCAGCCGUAGUUUGUCACAGCAUUCUUCUGGUGGUGGCGGAGGAGGCCCCUGUCAUUGCCCGCCUGAGGACGGCGAUGGUCCAGGAAGAGACUACUACCACGGUCAUAACGACGGCCACUACUACCCACCGGGAGGUCCGGCUGAGGCUUUGGCGCUGGAGAGACACCACUCUCACUCCCAUUCCCAUUCCCAUUCUCACAGCCACUCAGGUGGGGGCACCUUCCCCCGCUCGCACCCCAGCCAACAUCCGCCUCUGCAGUCGUUUGACUCGUGCGAGGAAUGCUUGACAUCGGGUCACGGAGGCAAGAUGCACCGCAUCCCUCCAAACCUGAUGGAUCAGUUUGAAAAGCAAGUGCCCUUCCACCCUGAUGGCUUCCACACGCUUCAGUAUCAGCGUACCACUAGCGGGGGUGCUGAGCAGCGUAGCGAGAGCCCCUCACGUAUCCGCCACCUGGUCAACUCCGUGCAACGACUCUUUGCUAAGUCCCAUUCCUUGGAGGCCCCUUCCAAACGCGAGUAUAACGGCACAAGAGGAGGCGGGGACUACCGAGGCGAGAGAGGAGCGGGUCACAGGAGUGGAGGGGAGGACGGCGGGGGGCACUACUCGGGACACCAGUCUCGCUCUGCACGGAGGAACAAGUCUCGAGAGCGCAGUAAGAGCGGGGACUCUCGGCACGAGUCGGGCAGACGACACCGCAGCAGGACGGCCGGCUGGUGGAGUUCCGAUGACAACCUGGACAGCGACAGCAGCUUCAUGGUGAGUGGCGGCAGGAGAGGAUACCCCAGUGGGCACGAGAGCCUAGAUGCGGCCAUCCAGGAGCUUACCAUGAAGAGGCCCAAGGAACGAGGCGGUGGGCCUGGGCCUGCGGAGUGCAUGGCCUGUACCACCAUUGCGCUGGCUGGAAGCGAAGGAGGUGGAAACCACGGUCACACAGGUCACCCCGGUCACCCCGGUCACUCCUUGAAGAGAAGCACGUGGUCCGCCAUGACCGUCAGUCAAGCCAGGGAGGUGUACCCUUCAAGGGGGGGAGGAGGAGGCUAUGACAAAGCACUGGUGCCCGUUGAAAACAAACUGAAGGAGAGGACCCUACACUAUCUGCAGGUUCCGUCGGAAGACUGGGGGGGCGGAUACGGGGGCGGCGGUGCCACAGAUAGCGGAGGUGAGAUUCCCUGCCGUCGCAUGCGCAGCGGCAGUUACAUCAAGGCCAUGGGUGAUGAUGACAGCGCCGAUUCGGACAGCAGCCCCAAAGCUUCACCCAAGUCCAGCCUGAUCGCUCAGAGGGAUGCCUUCAGACGUUCAAUCAGCAUGGAUCAAAGGUAUUCGUGCAAGCAGUGUACUGACUCCUAUCCUAACAGCCGGACAACACCCAAGUCCCAGACCCGCUCACGGAGUUACACUCGUUCGCUGACCAGCUCUCAGUUGGGAGACACCCUGGACCGACAGUUUGAGGCCGUGUGUGAGACCAUGUUUGGGGAGGUGGAGUCCCAAGCGGUCGAGGCUCUGGAUCUCCCGGGGGUGUUCCGCACGCGUAGCCAUAGCUACGUCCGUGCCAUCCAGGCCGGCUGUUCCCAGGACGACGACUGUCUCUCUGUAUUCUCUAUGUCUGGCCCCCAGGGAAGCAUCAAGGCAGGAGCUGUCUUUCCUUAUCGCAAAGGUGCUCCUCCCCCACUCCCACCUCGCAUGUCCAAAUCGUCGCUGUCAGUGCGAGCACAGAGCAGCACAGAGUCCACCCAGGACGCCUACUACCAGAGCAGCCACGGGCGCCCCAAACUUCACAGUAACUCGGUGGACCUGGGUUGCUCCGACGGACCUUCGGGACGCUCUUCCAGAGUCGGCUACUACACCGCCACAGGCCCGGGGCGUUCGCGGCAGUACAGUAACUCGGCAGAAAGCCUGGAUGGAGGGAUCAGGGGCUCGCGGGAGAUGGUGCCCUACGGAGGUGGUCCGGGAGUCGGCGUGCGGGCCAAACACAGCAGCUCAGCUGAUAGUUUGCUGGAGGGGCCACCGAGGCCAGCCCGGGAGAGGGACAAUCGGGUUGGGGGAAGCCUUGGGAAGUCAGUCUCCCUGCCGCAGAACAGCAUUGUUUUGAGUAAAGCUGGAGGGCAGGAUGACGGAUGCAGUGGGAGGAAGUGGAGACCGUCCAUCGCUGUGCAGGUGGACAGCUCAGAGACUCUGUCAGAUUCAGACGCAGAGGGCAAAGCUCUGACAGAGGUCCAUUCAAUAGGAGUACAGGUGGAAGAUGACAAAAGACGGGCCCGUUUCAAGCGCUCCAAUAGCGUGACAGCGAGCGUGCAAGCCGACCUGGACCCCGAGGGCUUCCCGGGGCUCAGCGUUGUCGUGCCGACGCAGGACAAGAGUCUCCAGUUUGGUUGCUCCUUCCAACGGCACUCAUCGGAACCGGAGUCAGCUGGCCAGUACACGGAAUGCCACCGCACUGUGCAUACACAAGGACAGUGGGCCUACAGAGAGGACUUUAUCCAGAGUGGCUACGCCACCGAGGCUUGUCCAGGAGACCCACGCUCCCAUCAACAUCAGCACCUUCCUCCACGUUCCCACUCACCACUCCCCCUCACAUCCGAGCGAGUGUGGGCCGGGACACCCUCCUUGGAGGGUCCCCGCAGCCUGCCCGAUUCGGGUCGAGCCUCCCCCUGCAUGAGGGACGGAGAAUUCUUCCUGCGCCUCCUGCAGACCGAAGUGGAACGGAUGGAGGGCUGGUGCCAGAACAUGGAGAGAGAGGCGGAGGAGAAUGAACUCCCAGAGGAGAUUCUAGAGCUGAUUCGCAGCGCAGUUGGCAGUGCCCAGAUGCUCAUGUCUCAGAAGGUUCAGCAGUUCUUCCGCCUCUGCCAACAAAGUGUGGACCCAUCUUGUUACCCCCAGCCCACUGCUCAGGACCUAGCAGGCUUGUGGGACCUACUCCAGCUCAACAUAGAAGACAUCCGGGUCAAGUUUCAGGAUCUCCAGAGGCUCAAAGACUCUGGCUGGAAGCUCCCCUCUGAAAAGAAGGAGGAUAAGAAGAUUCCUCCACCCUUACCAAAGAAGCCAGCGGGCGGGGUGAGUGGCAGCCUCCGGACGGAUAGCGUCGGGGAUGGAGGUGGCGGAGGCGGGCCAGGGGGCUUGGUGGUGCCUCGUGUGGGGGCACACACCCUACCAAUCAGGGAGAAGUCCCUAGACCUCGUUGAACGUCAGAGGACAGAAGCGAGGAGGAGGCUGCUGCAGACCAAGCGUACUGCCUCCUUCAGGCAGAAUUCGGCCACGGAGAGCGCAGACAGCAUCGAAAUCUAUAUUCCCGAAGCCCAGACUCGACUCUGAAACUCUGACCAGCAACCUAGUCCUUUGCAGCUCUAGAUAAACUGUAGGUCAGGUACCACCUUCUCUGCUUUCCCCUACACUAGCGCAUUUCGAUUAAUACACUUCUCAUUACUCUCAAUUCAGUUCUCAAGCAGUAACAGCCAUUUGUGUGUCUUGAAAAUUGCACAUAUUAAUGAUACAGAGGCCUGGAAAAAAGAGAGUAGCUAGUAGAUAUGAAUUAUCGCCUUUUUUUGAAAGUCUCUGAGUUUUUAUUUAUUCCUUAUUUAUUUAUUAUUAUUUAGCUGACAACAAACAAGAAACACUUCACUUUUUUAUAAUGGUGAUUUGCUGAAGCUCUCGCACUAGUUCGUAGCUUGCCCGGUCGUGUUCACCCGCCACUUGUGCAUCACUGGAAAUAAAGGGCUUAACAGGCACAAAACCUCUAUGACAGGCGAUGACAAGACAGCCCAUAGUUCAAAUCCUGUUGCCACCCUUGAUGGGAAAACACAUUACAUUUCAUUGGGUUUACAAUUCCCAGCAAAAUGUAUCCAUAAUCUUCACUGACACUGCCAGUAUGGAUAAUGAGGCACGCCCAGAAAGGCUGAUGGUUUGCUGUCGUUAUAGUUAACUAGCAAACUGCAUCUUCUUAGCACCGGAUCACAAACGAACAACUUUUUAAUUUUUUUUUACUUUAGUGUCGAUCAUAUUCAUUCAAAAACAGCAUUAGGACCACACUGGGGGGGGAAUAAUACCAUUAUGUAAAAUGUGUAAUACUAUUUUGCGAGAAUGAAGUCAUGAUAUGAUAUGACGAGUCAAAUUCUUUGAGGAAAACAUCAUUAGAAUAAAGUAAUGUUACAAGAAUGAUGGGCAUAUUUUUUAGAAAAAAAAGCUGUAAUGUGUUAGGUUUUUCCAAUAAUGUGACUAUAUUCUUGUAUAUUACCAUUUUACUCUCAUUAAACUGAGAUGCACAAUAUUACAAAUCUACUCUUAAAGGGCAGCGUGUUCUAUAAUUCUACAACCCCCACCCCCAUGUGUGGCCCUUAUACUUAUUUGAACGUUCAGGUUUUUUUGAAUGAACGGGUUCCUAUUUGGUCCAUAGUGUGCAUACUCACGCUUGCCCAAUGGAGCAUUUUAGAGCCUUAACAGCAAGAGUGUGUCAUAAAAAUUAAUUAAAUAAAUAACUACGUUUGCCUGAAGUGGCUCUUCAGGACUCCACUGAAAGGGGGGCGCGCUCCAUAAUCACUGUGUAUAAUCACUAUAGCACCAUCAAGUGGUCAAAACAGGAUCCUGUUGUCUGGAUUUAAUAAGAUGCCAUCAAGAAAAAGCCAUGACAAUUUGUUUUCUGCCACUUAAUGCCCUUGACGUGUUCUUGAGUGUUUUCUCUUCCUGUAAUAAAAAAAUAUAUAUAUUUAAAAAAUCAAUCAAUAAAAACAGUAAAUCGAUUAACUUUUAAAAGCAGGAAUGACGUCUCUUAUUUAGCAACAAGAGUGCCUGCCUGGGAAAUUGCUUCCAAAGAUUGGUGAAAUGUUGAAAAAGGUAGCCACUGGGUCAGUAUGGUAACCACAAGUAUUUGUGAAAAGUGCAGCAGUGUAGCAUGAUUUAAAUAAUUGUGUUGAUUCACAAAAAAAAUUAAGAAAUAAGUAGGAAGACAUUUUUAAUUUCAAUAUUUUCUAUGGACGUUUUGUAUACUGCUUGUGUGAAUGUGGCCGCCAUGUGCUGAUGACACGUAGUGAUGAAGACCAAUGAAAUUCAUCCUUUAGCAUGAUUUUUGUUUCUCUUAAUAUCUGAAUGGAACCUGGCAAAUAUUUUAACAGGAGAUGUAUAUUUUAUAGUAUAAUCUACAUUUGUAGAUAAAUAGAGACUAUAGAGUACAGUGUACAAAAAAAAAAAUGCCUAUAUCAAAUGUGAAAUACCACUGUAUUGUUAUUAUGAUUCUAUACACUUGUGUGAUACUACUGCUGUGUGGCAUAUCCAGACACAGCACACAUGAAAUGAUUAUUAUGUGAGUGCUG